AGGUCUCCUGGUUGGGACGUUGGACGCCGUCCUGGAUUCCACAUCGAAAGUGGCCCCUUUCCGUAUCUUGCACCAGACUCCGGAUUCCCAAAUUUACUGGUCUAUUGCGUGCGGAACCAGCCGAGAAGAGAUAACAGAGCACUGGGAAUGGUUGGAGCGUAAUGUGAUGGAUACUCUCUCCGUCUUCGACUCCAAUGAGGACAUCGUAAGCUUUGUGCACGGGAAAAUUCAAGGCUUAAUUGCUGAGGAGAGUAAAGGGUCUUUAAUAAGAGAAGAAGAUCCAGAGAAGUUCCGGGAAGCCCAUCUGAAGUUUGAGAAGUGUUUUGGGUUGGCCGAACAGGAGAAACUCGUGACUUACUACUCAUGUAGCUAUUGGAGGGGCCGGGUGCCCUGCCAAGGCUGGCUGUAUCUGAGCACCAACUUCCUCAGCUUUUACUCGUUCCUGCUGGGAGCCGAGAUCAAACUCAUAAUAGCCUGGGAUGAGAUCUCCAAACUUGAAAAGACGUCCACCGUGAUCCUGACCGAAAGCAUCCACGUUUGUGCCCACGGAGAGGACCAUUACUUCUCCAUGUUUUUGCACCUGGGUGAGACCUUCCUCCUCAUGGAACAGCUGGCUCUCUACGCCGUCCGGAGACUCUUCGACAAGGAGGGGUUUGAAGCUGACCCGGUCCUCUGCGACCCCUUGCAAAUCACUAAGAGAGGACUGGAGAACCGGGCCCAUAGCGAGCAGUUCAACGCCUUCUUCAGGCUGCCCAGCGAGGAGACAUUGCGGGAGGUCCACGAGUGUUUCCUGUGGGUGCCCUUCAGCCACUACCACGCCCUGGGGAAGAUGUGCCUCUCGGAGAACUACGUCUGUUUCGCCAGUCAAGAUGGCUGCCUGUGCUGUGUCAUCCUCCCCACGAGAGAGAUCACUUCAGUUGAGGUCGCUGACCGCGCCUGCAAAGCCAUCACUGUCGCUACCAAAGGAUCGCGGGCUUUCCGUUUCUCGGAAGUGAGGGAUUUUGAAGCUCUGGUGGAAAAGCUCAGGACCAGGUGCAGUGCGGCACCAAGCCCCCAACACAGCGCGAGUGCGGAGGCCAGGGUUAGCUCAGAGACCACCGCCGUCUGGGAGGACUUCGAGGGGCAGCCGAUGGCCAGCCACAAAGGCAGCAGCACCACGGUUAGCACGGAAGCCCUGAUGACCGUCUUUCACCCUCAGGAUGCGGAGAACCUGGAUUCAAAGAUGUUAAAAGAAAAAAUGAAAGAGCAAUCCUGGAACAUCCUUUUCAUAGAGUGCGGACGGGGCGUGAGUAUGUUUCAGACGAGGAAAACCCGGGACUUGGUUCUCCGAGGAAUCCCUGAAGUCUUAAGAGGAGAACUUUGGCUUCUGUUCUCAGGCGCCGUCAAUGACAUGGCAAGCCAUUCUGGCUACUACUCGGAGCUGGUAGAAAAAUCUUUUGGGACCUGCACCCUGGAGACGGACGAAAUCGAGCGGGAUCUGCGGCGCUCGCUGCCCGAGCAUCCCGCCUUCCAGAGCGACACGGGCAUCUCGGCCCUCCGGAGAGUCCUCACCGCCUACGCCUACCGGAACCCCAAGAUUGGCUACUGCCAGGCCAUGAAUAUACUGACGUCGGUGCUGCUCCUUUACGCCAAAGAAGAGGAAGCCUUUUGGCUGCUGGUGGCCGUCUGCGAGCGGAUGCUGCCCGACUAUUUCAACCGCCGAAUCAUCGGCGCCUUGGUCGACCAGGCCGUGUUUGAGGACCUGAUCCGCGAAUAUUUACCUCAGCUGACGGAGCACACGACCGACAUGACUUUCUUCUCCUCCGUCUCCCUCUCCUGGUUCCUCACCCUCUUUGUCAGCGUGCUGCCCAUCGAGAGCGCCGUCAACGCGGUCGAUUGCUUUUUCUACGAUGGGAUCAAGGCCAUCUUGCAGCUGGGCCUGGCCGUGCUGGACUACAACCUGGAGAAGUUGCUGGCUUGUAAGGAUGACGCGGAGGCAGUCACCGUGCUCAGCAGAAGGCAGUGA